AUGGAAUGGAAAUCUCCUGCAGACGCUAUGCCGUGGGUGGGAUUGUAUGUGUCUUUGGCAUCUCUAAUUUGCAUUCUUGCAAUGGCAGCUGAUGCCAUCCAAGGCUUCCGACAAUGGAAACUCUGGUUUCCUUGUAGAUUUUUCACUAUGAAUGCAGCUUCCAUCACGCUGAUAGCAAUUGCAAUGAAGCUACCAGUAGACCUAACCACCAACAUGUCCGAUAGUAAGUUUGUCAGCAUCCUUUUCUUGAUCACCAUGUUAGCCAACUUUCUCCCUUCUUUAGGGCUUAUGGGCGACAAGGAGCUUCUAAUGAAUAUCGCAGCCUUUGGCAUCCUCAUAAUCACAAUAACUGUAAAUAUUUGGAUUCAGUUUAGUACCAAAGGGUCUUUCACAACCCCUAUACAAAUGCUUAUAUUGAUAUUUCACCUUCCAUUGCUAUUCUCGGUAGCUUUGACAGUUCCAACAUCUAGAAGAAUUUUACAAAAACGAUACCACGAGUUACAUAGAUUGGUUUCAACUCAUCAAGAGAUAAACUUCUCCUACAAGGAACUUGAACAUAGGGUUAAAAAGUAUUGGAUGAUGGCAGAGACUGGUAAUCCCCAAUUUGCAAUUGCUUCUUCAUCGGUUUCUUCUGCUUUUGGGGUUACAUGCAGUGCCAUUGCUUGCGUUUCAUUUUUUGUUUUGAUGAGCAUGUUUGUUGGUGUAUCAAAUAUUCGGUAUGGAAAAUCAGAUUAUCAGUGGUCAGUUGAUGUAAUUGUUAUCUUGCAAUCAAUUGGGACAAUAGUAGGUAGUAUAGCACCAAUUUUUAGAUGUUUGUCUGCUACAAGUAAUUUCAAUCUGUCCAAGAAAUGGAGCAAGAAUCAUCUAAACGUGUUCAGAGUCGAGAAGCAUUGGAUUCAAAGGCUUCAUCUGUGGAAACGUGGGCAUGUCAGAUCACAUAUCCCUGGACGCCAUUGCAAAAAGAUUUUCCAUAACAUCAAAAACAUGAUUUUGAACUUUUGCAUUGCACUUCAGAUAACAGUUGUGGUUAUAUGCAACACAAUAUGUCUCAUUCCUAGAUCUUUUCUGAUCUUGUUCUCUUGUUUUUGGUAUUUCUUUAAGUCAAUGUUGAAAACGAUUAAAGAAGAACCAAAUGCAUCUAGUAGCAAUAUGAUGUCAGAUAUGGAAGAUUAUACUGGUUAUGUCUUACAAACUGAAGUGGAGGUCAAGCUUUCAAAUAGAAUAUUAAGAAAUGCACUCAACUCUAUUACUCGAAUACUUCACGAGUCUGAAGAGAAAGAGCCAAUGAAUCUUAUUAAGCUUCUAAAAAAAUCUAAAGGAUUCUAUGGAGGAAUAGAGUUCGACAAUGACCAAGUCCCACCUUUACAUCAAGAAGAAACCCAAAACUGCUGGAGCUUAGUUGCAGUAACACUAAUUGCCAUUGCCCUUGCACUUCCCACCAAUGCAAACAACCAUGUCAAGGGAUUACUUGCCAGUAUGAGGGAAGGCCUUCAACUUGUUAGACACAUCGAAAAAAGCCUGAAUGUGAAUCCUGACUUGGUAAAGUCAAGAAAAGCAGCUAGACGUGUGUGGACAGACAUUGAAGUAUAUGGCAGGUGGCUACAAAUUGAUGUUCAAAAGAAAGCUCGUAAAGGAAAAACAUCAAAGGAGAUUCUUCUGUGGUUGGGUGAUGAAGCAGUAAAAAUUGUGAUACAGUUCAAGAGAAGCAAAAAUGUAAGUCUGGAUCAUUCACUUCGUAAUGUCAUUGCUGCAAAUUCUAUGUACAGAAUCAGUCAAACGAUGUUGUUUCACUGCAAUGACCAAGAAAACUGGCCAACAGAUGAGGAGCUUUUUGAGUGGAUAUCAACAAUAAUGGCAGAUCUGCUAUGUGCUUGCUUUACCAACUUGCCACGUGUCAUAACUACGAAGUGUCAUGAUGACGCAAUAGAGAAAAGGGAAGAGAGCAUCCGAAUUGCAGCUAAGCUUCUUGGUAGAUCCAAAAAGAUCCUGAAAGUGCUUAAAGCUCGUCAACUUCCCAACUUAGACAUUGAGUCGAUGGGGUACAUUGAUAAGUGGCAAGCAUUACCAAGGACUCAGAUUCAGAUACACAAUGCUUUAACAAGGAUUCAAACAGCUUCUUCAAGUCCUAAUGAAUCUGUAGUAGUAACUGUUAUUUGA